AUGGCAAGAUCUCCCUGGCCGCAAGCGCAUCUCCUUCAACACCCCUUCUCCAUCAACGUCUAUCGAGUUUGCAACACCAUCCCCGAUGAGGACUUUGCCUUCAUCAUCACCCCAGAGCUCGACAUGCCCAUGGCCCUCGGCGAUGUUGGCUUCCUCGACCUCACCAAUGCCACCCUCAACAGCAACCCCAACAACCACCUCAUCGAGAAUCUCUCCGAAGGCAAUAAUGGUAGCAGCGACAAGGCUGGCUGGAAGCUCGGCGUAGAGAUCAAUGUUUCAGUGAUCGCUGUGGUACCGAUAGUAGGCCUCAUCGUCUUCUUUUAUAGGAAGCAACGACCGGUGAGGGAUGACUUGACAAACAAGUUGAAGCAUUUAUCAGGGCAACCAAGGGAGUUCAUGUUUGAUGAGCUAAAGCAGGCUUCUAAUAACUUUGAUGAGAACUUGAAGCUUGGACAAGGGGGUUUUGGGAUGUUUCUUCUACAUCAAAAUUUAUUUUACACCUUGGUUGGGAAAGAAGAAUAG